UAAAACCCUCUUGCGUUGUGUCUGAAUCCAUUUCUCCUCUGUGCUGGAUCAACAGGAAUGGUAAGCAUGAAGCUGCUCUUUCAGGCUCGCCGUGUCGCCCUCCCUACAUACUCCUCUCCGUUCAGAUCCCUCUCCUCUUCCUCCCCUCAACCAUACCCUACCUCAAAUCCUUCCCAAUCAUCGUCAGAAUCUCCUCUUGGAAGUCGCCUACUAGUUCCCAUCCAACCAAUUUCCUACGCCCCCAAACCCAAAGUUGAAUCCCAACAGCAAGAACCAUCACCCUCCAACCAAAUCCCUCGAAAACCAUUUGAAAAUCGCCGUCAGGCAGUCACUCAAGAGUCUCCCUCAAGCUGGACCCCUGAGGACCUCCGGUAUGUCAAAAAUAUGCCCAGCGUCAUGCCCGUGUCUUACCCUACCAGGGUUGCCCCGCUUCCGGAGGACCGUGCGCCCCAACUUGAGGAAGGGCGGAAGGUAAUGGAUGAGGCCCGCAAGCAGGAGGAGAGUGAGGAGAUGGGGAGAGAGAGGCAAAGAGUUGAGAUGGAGAAUCGAGAGAUGAGGAGGGCUUUCAGAAUUGCAGUAGAGGAAGAGAAGGCCGUGUUUCCUUUCCCCACAUUGAUUAAGCCUGAGAAGAAGAGCGAGAAGAGGCCUGUUCUUGACUUGAUGGACGCCAUUAGGCAAGUCAAGGCUAAUGCCAAGGCAGUGUUUGAUGAGAUUGUUGAAUCUCAUGGACAAUUGGCUAUUGAUCAAAAGCAAUCUGAACUGGUGCUGGGAAGAUUGACUUUGACAGAUAUAUCAAGGAUUCUUAAUCAGCAUGGUCUGAUGCCAAAUCCUAAGCAAGGUACUGUAACCAAGGAUGUAACAAGAGCAAUAAAAGAAGCCAAAGAGGGUCAAGUAAAAUUCCGAAUGGACAAGACAUCAAUUGUGCAUGUCGGACUUGGAAGGGUUGCAUUAUCUAAAUCUCAAAACAUCAUCCUUGGCUUUAGUUGGAAGAUGUGUGCUGAUAUAAAAGAAAAACACAAAUGUGUUGAUGCUGACUUUGCUGUAUGCAAAACUCAUCAUACAGGUGAGCUUUUCAGAGGAGUCUUUGCAUGACAAUAUUGGUGCAUUUAUGAAUGCGCUUUUGCUAGCAAAGCCUGCCGGCUUGAAGAAGAGUAAGUGCAAUAUUUUCAGUCUUUUGAAGGUCACUUUAUUUGCCAGGAGAUAUCUUCCUUGAGUAGGCAUAGAUUUGUUGCGUAAACUCAGCUUCAGCAUUUGAAUUUGUCCUCAUUCAGAAAGCUUUCCACUUCUCUUUUUGCAGCUUCUAAAUAUGCUGGGUAUGUGAAUUCCUUCCAUAUAUGCAGCACAGUAAGCUUAUUAUCUAGGUUCCAUGUGUCUCUGAUUGAAUUGUUAAUUGAUUUCUAUGCUGCAUGGACACUCUAGCAGAAUGGAGUUCAAUCCAUAUAAAACAUUGAAGCUUCC